AUGAAGAGGAAGGCGAGCGCGAGCGGCCAGAGCGUCACAGCGGGAGCCGUGACCACCAGUCACGCCGGCGGGAAAAGUAGCAGAAGCUGCUUCCCGUUCGUCUCCGCCGCGGCCGCGGGUCUGAAGAGCGACGCCGGCAGCGCAGCCCUGAUGGACGAAGCGGAGGACGGCGACGAGGAGCCCAAGUUCCAGCAAACUCGGCUGCGCCGAGCUGGUGGAAGUGCCAGCAGCGGUGGCGGUAGAGGAGGCAGUAUACGAAUGAAAAACUUCUCGUCGGGAGGGGGAGUCGCGUCGACGCAGAGUAAGAACUUCAACAACAACGAGCUCUGCCUAUUGCAGGGCGAGGGGUCCGCACGUGCCACUUCCGUAACCACCCCAACCGCCGCCAAGCCGCGCCAGGGAGAUGGCGCCGGACGCGGAAGCGCGAACAGAGCUGCGAGCGGGGACGCGUGCACGGGCGCAGCGGUGACCGGUGCGGCUACAAGUGCUUCGGGUGACGGUAGCAGCGGCGCUGCACCCACCACCACAGACAUGAAAUGCAACAAAAACGGAGAAUGCCGGCGUGAUUCUGGCGUGACGGGGAGACAGAGCCCGGUCACCUCCAAGCAGGAGAGACAGAGUGUCGACGAAGUUGGAACUGAGGAUGGGAGUAAGCGACCUGCCUGUAACUCCACAUCCGCCAGCACGGACGGGUCCACCACCGGGUGCCUGGCACAGGGACAGGGGGGCGAGACUGCUUGUCCCGGCAACGCCACCGCUCCGGCUACGAGCACCGUCUCCGAAAAGAAGGACUCCAAGGUCUCCUUCUCGAACGCGCCGAGUAGGAAAGCGUCCUCUUCCGUGCACGGUCCGGGCCAGACCCCGCAGCCCAGGAAUUCUGUCACGUUUCUGAAGUCUGAGGACGGGCCGCCGAUCGUGACCGAGGAUGGGGAGGCGAGGGGCAGCCAGGCUAGCUUCAUGCAGCGCCAGUUAAGCAGCAUGCUGCAGCCAGGAGUGAACAAAUUCUCCCUGCGUAUGUUCGGGAGUCAAAAGGCGGUCGAAAGGGAACAGGAACGGGUUAAGUCCGCAGGCAAUUGGAUAAUUCACCCAUACAGUGAUUUCAGGUUCUACUGGGACUUCACGAUGCUCCUCUUCAUGGUGGGCAACCUGAUCAUCAUCCCGGUGGGCAUCACCUUCUUCAGGGACGAGACCACCACGCCCUGGAUCAUCUUCAACGUGGUGUCGGACACCUUCUUCCUCACCGACCUGGUGCUGAACUUCCGCACGGGCAUCGUGAUCGAGGAAAACGCCGACAUCGUGCUGGAUCCCAAGCGCAUCAAGAGGAAGUACCUGAAGACCUGGUUCAUCGUGGACUUUGUGUCCUCCAUCCCCGUGGAUUACAUCUUCCUGAUCGUGGAGAAGGGCAUGGACUCGGAGGUGUACAAGACGGCCCGCGCCCUGCGCAUCGUGCGCUUCACCAAGAUCCUCAGCCUGCUGCGCCUGCUCCGCCUGUCCCGGCUCAUCCGCUACAUCCACCAGUGGGAGGAGAUCUUCCACAUGACCUAUGACCUGGCCAGCGCGGUGAUGCGGAUCUUUAACCUGAUUGGUAUGAUGCUGCUGCUGUGUCACUGGGACGGCUGUCUGCAGUUCCUGGUGCCCAUGCUGCAGGACUUCCCCGAGGACUGCUGGGUGUCGCUCAACAGGAUGGUGAACGACUCGUGGAGCGAGCUGUACUCCUUCGCCCUGUUCAAGGCCAUGAGCCACAUGCUGUGCAUCGGGUACGGCCGGCAGGCCCCGGAGAGCCUGUCCGACAUCUGGCUGACCAUGCUGAGCAUGAUCGUGGGCGCCACCUGCUACGCCGUGUUCAUCGGCCACGCCACCGCGCUCAUCCAGUCCCUGGACUCCUCCCGCCGCCAGUACCAGGAGAAGUAUAAACAAGUGGAGCAGUACAUGUCCUUCCACAAACUUCCGGCGGACUUCCGGCAGAAGAUCCACGAUUACUACGAGCACCGGUACCAGGGGAAGAUGUUCGACGAGGAGAGCAUCCUGGAGGAACUCAACGAACCACUACGGGAGGAAAUCGUCAACUUUAACUGCAGGAAGCUGGUGGCCUCCAUGCCCCUGUUCGCCAACGCCGAGCCCAACUUCGUCACGGCGAUGCUGACCAAGCUGCGCUUCGAGGUCUUCCAGCCGCGGGACUACAUCAUCCGCGAGGGCACCAUCGGCAAGAAGAUGUACUUCAUCCAGCACGGGGUGGUGAGCGUGCUCACCAAGGGCACCAUGGGAAUGAAGCUCUCCGACGGAUCCUACUUCGGAGAGAUCUGCCUGUUGACCCGAGGCAGGCGCACAGCCAGUGUCCGUGCGGAGACGUACUGUCGGCUGUACUCUCUGUCCGUGGACAACUUCAACGAGGUCCUGGAGGAGUACCCCAUGAUGAGGAGGGCCUUCGAGACCGUGGCCAUCGACCGGCUGGACCGCAUAGGGAAGAAGAACUCCAUCCUGCAGCACAAGGUGCAGCACGACCUGAGCUCGGGCGUCUUCAACAACCACGAGAACGAGAUGAUCCAGGAGAUCGUGAAGUACGACCGGGAGAUGGUGCAGCUGGUGGACCUGCAGCGCUCGCGCGCCAUGUCCAUGACCCCGCCCGCGCACGGCAUCUUCGCCCCGCCGGGCCAGGCCACGCCCGCGGGCGCCUCCGCCAUCGCCAGCCUGCAGCAGGCCGUGGCGCUCAGCUUCUGCCCCCAGGGCAUGAGCCCGCUGGGGGCCCCGGGGCUGGGGGGCCCCGGGCUGGGGGGCCCCGGGCUGCAGUCCCCCCGCCUGGUGCGCCGGUUCCAGGUGCUGCAGAACCUGUCCAGCCCGGCCGCCUCUCCGCUGCAGUGCCUGCAGUUCCCACCGGGGGCAGCGGCCUUCGCCUCGGCCGUGGCCAGCCCCCCCACACAGAGCCCGCUGGCGGCCGGCGGCCGGACCUUCCAGUACGGGCUGGGGCCCCGCGGGGGGUCCCAGCUCUCCCUGGUGCAGCACCACGCCCCCAGCCCCACCCAGCGCUCCGCGCAGAAGAGCCCCCACCCGCUGUCCGGCUCCCAGCUGUCCCUGCCCCAGGAGGGGGCCCCGCCCGCUCCGGCCCCCGCCCCCGCCCCGGGCCCCGCCUCCGCCAGCCCGCCCCCCUCCCCCUACUCCACGGGACACCCCCAAACCCAGACCCCGCCCCCCUCCUCCACCCCAACCUCCGUCGGACCCCCGGGGCUGAGGGGAACCCCCCAGCGCUCCUCCCUGUCCCAUCAGACCCCCCCCUCGCCCCUCUCCGACGCCGCCCUGGAUCCCGGGACCCCCCGGAAGGGCUCGGCGACCAGCCUUCCCGAAACGGACCCGGCCCGAUCCCGGCUGUCCUCCCACUUGUGA